GGACAUUGUCUCUUUCUCUUUUGCAUACAAGGAUAUGCCACCCUCUGGCUUUUUUUCUUAAAUCAUAGUUUAUUCUUGUUGAUGCCUAAAACUCCUUUGCUAUCUUCCAGAAGCUUUGGUCACCACUGUGGAAUUCCUGGUAUGAGAAGACAGAGCUCAGGGUAGAGAGAGGAUCCUUGCUGAACUGCUGUAAUCAUGAAGACAGUGAUUUUAAUUGUCUUAAUCAUCUUCACUUUGCUGUCUUCAGGGAAGAAAUUCCGAUGGUGCACCCUUUCUGACCUAGAGCAGAGGAAGUGUGCUGAACUGUCUAAAGCACUCAUGGCUGUGGUGCCCCUUGCUGCUGUCAAUUCAUUUGCCAGGAUUUCUUGCAUCAGAGCUCACAACACAUAUGACUGCAUUGAUAAAAUCAGGGUGAAUAAAGCAGAUGCUGUCUCCUUGGAUGCUGGAGAAGUUUACUCUGCUGUAAAGCUCUAUGGUUUGACAGUUGCGGCAAAGGAAAUCUAUGACCAAGGAAAUUGUGUGUUUGCUGUGGCCAUUGCCAAACGAGGAACUCUGGAUAUCCGGAGGCUACGAGGUGUGCGCAGCUGUCACAAUGGAGCCAGGUGGACUUCCGGCUGGAAUAUUCCACUUGGCUUUCUUCUUGCAAGCAAUUAUCUUUCCUGGGAUGAGGAGCAACCUCUGAGUCAAGUAGUCAGUGAGUAUUUCAAUGGAAGUUGCAUCCCUGGGGUUGGUGUUGCUGCUCCUCAACUGUGUGCUCUCUGCCAAGGACAAAAAUCCUAUGUCAGAGACAAGAACCACUUCUGUGAGACGAGCAGUAAUGAACCCUUUUAUGACUCUGAAGGAGCCUUCAGGUGUUUGAAGACUGGAGUGGCAGAUGUUGCCUUUUUAGAUCAUCUAACAAUUAUGAGUGCUACAGAGUCAGAGCAACAGGAAUAUGAACUCCUAUGUCCUGAUGGGACUACAGCUGAGCUAACUGAGUACAGCGUCUGUAACUUGGGCAAGGGGCCUGGACGUGGCAUCAUCACCCGGCACAACUUCCAGAAGAUCACCCAUAAAUUUCUCACCAUGAUCCAACGCCUCUUUGGGCGAAAAGGAAAGGAAAGAGCUAGGUUUGAACUCUUCACUUCAGCACCCUUUGGGGGAAAGAACCUGCUGUUCCAGGAUGCCACUCAGCACCUACAGCUUCUUGAGGAGCAGCUGGAGAUUGCCUAUGUCCUUGGUCUGGACUAUGUAUCUCUCCUUAAGGGACUAGGACAUGAAGGCAGCUCUUUGGACAACAGCAUUGUGCGCUGGUGCUGCAUCAGUGAUGCUGAGCUUCACAAAUGUGAGGAGUGGGCACUGAGCAUCAAAUCUGACCCACUGGUCUGUGUCCAAGCAACUUCCAUGACCAAAUGCAUUGAAAUGAUCAAGAGUAGUGAGGCUGAUGCAGUCACCCUGGAUGCAACACAUGUCUACAUUGCAGGAAAGUGUGGAUUGGUGCCUGUAGCUGCAGAAUGUUAUGGGGGAGAUUGUGCCCAGGCUGCUGAGAGCAUGGGGGAAAUGAGGAAGCUAAUUCAUCUGAAGCGCAAAGCACUGCCACCUGUUUAUGCUGUUGCACUAGCUAAGAAAAAUGCCAAGCAGAUUAAUAUCCAUAAUCUUAGGGGAAGGCGAUCCUGCCACAGCCACCUGUAUAGUCCUGGAGGAUGGUUACUUCUUUCCAGAUAUGCAUUGAGAGCUCUGGAGAAUGACACUGAGAGCUGUGAUAUUGGCUCUGCUUACCAGAAUUACUUUUGGAAGGGCUGCAUGCCAGGAGCAGAUGGAAACCUGUGCAAGGUGUGCAUUGGAGAUGGUGAGGUGGAAGGGGCUCGAGUAUCUAGCAGAUGUGCUGCAAGUCACAAUGAACGUUACUAUGGCAAUAUGGGAGCACUCAGGUGCCUAGUUGGCAAUCCCAGUGGAAGAAGCUUCGGAGAUGUAGCUUUCCUGGAACAUUCUAACCUCCUCCAGAACAUAAAGAAUCUGGAUAUUUCUGGUUGGGCAAAGGGCUAUACCCCUAUUGACUUUGAACUCUUGUGUCCGGAUGGAACACGUGCUGCAGUCACAGAAUGGGCAGGCUGUAACCUUGGCCCCAUUCCCCCCAGCACAGUCAUGACUCGACCGGUCACUGUCACUAAAAUCUAUGACUUUCUAAUGAAAUCCCAGGAAUCUCUGGGAAGCAAAUUGAAUUCUGAAUUCCAACUCUUUCAAUCAUGGAAGUAUGGUGAAAGUGAUCUGCUUUUCAAAGACACUACUCAGUACCUUGUUCAUGCCAGUCACAUGAGCUAUCAGGAAAUUCUUGGAGUGCCUUUCUUUCAGCUGGCAGAAUCAGUGUUUAACUGUACACCUGCAGGCAUCUUAGACUUCUGCAAACAGGAUAUCUGUGCAUCUUCAUCGAACUGACAGUUAAUAAGAGGCUUUGCGAGGCACAUACAUCAUCGUUGAUAUUGAAAACAGGGAAAGCUGGAAGUCCAACCUAUCCAAAGCAAUCAGCAAGGAGCAGCAGAGGCCAGUCUGCAUAACCUGCACAGAACUAGCAUCAGCAAUCCUGUACAGCUACUAAGGAGAAACCAGCAUUUUUGUGGAAAUAGCAGGGCCAAUACCAUGGACUAAAAUACAGACUGUCAGGAGUGGCACAGGUUAGUUGGUAGCAGUUUCCCUUGCUUAUCUUAUAAAUGAAAAUAAAAUCAACUGACAUUU